AUGAGGCUGGAGGCGACGAAACCAUUAGAGGUAAUUGUUCUAAAAGGCGGGAUUUCUUUGGAGAGAAACAUUUCGUUAGCUUCUGGAGGUGCAGUUGCAGAAGCUUUGCGGAAAAGUGGACAUCAAGUACGGGAAAUUGAUAUCGUUGAGGGAUGCUUGCCAAACGAUAUGGGAACAGCUGAUGUCGUAUUUCCUGUAUUGCAUGGAGCUUUUGGCGAAGACGGCAAAUUGCAGGCUUUAUUAGAUGAAGCGGGCUAUAAGUACGUUGGAACUGGCGCUCAGGCGAGUGCUGUUACUAUAGACAAGUAUGAGACGGUAUGUUUACUCCGUAACAAGGGCAUAGAUGUUGCCGCAUCUCAAGUAUUGAAAUCCGUUGAUCAAGCAUUGUCGACGAUUCAUAAAUUUCCUGUAAUUGUAAAGCCGAAUAGUCAAGGUUCAAGUUUUGGAAUGAGUAUUGUCGAAGAGGAAGCCGAGCUGGGUGUCGCUAUACGAAAGGCAUUUACAGCGGACGAGAAAGUUCUGGUAGAAGAGUUCAUUUGUGGCUCAGAGACGAGUGUUGGACUUCUCUUCGGCAAAGCUUUGCCAGUGGUUGAAAUUGUCACGCCUGAGGGUUUUUAUGAUUACGAUGCCAAAUAUGUCUUCUCAAAAGGCAAGACAAUUUAUAAUUGUCCUCCCCAGAAUAUACCGCGUUUUGUUCAAGAGCGUAUGCAGGCAAUUGCAGAAACAUGUUAUACAGUCACCGGGGCCAGAGAUCUGCUGAGGGUUGAUAUGAUUUGGCAGCAAGAGUCAGAUCGGAUUGUUGUACUGGAGGUUAACACAAUGCCCGGCUUCACGUCGAGUAGUCUAUUGCCGAAAUCAGCUGCUCAAGUGAAUGUGGGGUUUAAUGAGCUCUGUCAUAAGCUAGCCGUGGCCGCUUUUAAAAGGUCAUAA